CUGACCAGGAAUUGAACUCAUGACCUCCUGGUUCAUGGGUUGACGCUCAACCACUUCUCCACACCAGCUGAGUGAAAAUUAUGCUUUUAAUAUAGUAGUUGGGCAGGGCUGUUUUAGGCCUCAGAGAAUAUAUAUAUAUGUUGAUUACUUGGUUUGAUAUCAAUCAAACCAAGAACAGUAUUUUUAGGAUUAAUGAUUUGUUUCACUUAUUUAAUAUCUUAUAUUUCUUGACAGUUUCUGCAAGACCAUAAACUGAAUCCUUGGAAUGCUUGAUAUUUGCUGUAUAUAGUGCCUGUUGGUGGACUGUACUGCUAUUCAAUUAGAGUCUGAAGGGGACUGAAUUCCUGCUGGUGAUAACACAUUGCAAGCCAUAGUACCCGUGAACAAGAUGACUACUGUCUCCCCAGAGCCUCAAACUCUGGCCUCAAAUGAACAAAACAAGUUCCUAAGAAUGGAUACACAUGGGAAUGAAGAAGCUGUCCUAAGAGGAAACACUACUGACCCAGAGUCUUUCAGACAGAGGUUCAGGUGGUUUUGUUACUCAGAAGAGGCUGGACCCAGAAAAGCCCUGAAUCAGCUCUGGGAGCUCUGCAUUCAGUGGCUGAGACCAGACAUCCACACAAAAGAACAGAUUUUAGAGCUUUUGGUGUUUGAGCAAUUCCUGACCAUUUUGCCUGGGGAGAUCAGGAUUUGGGUAAAGUCACAACAGCCUGAGAAUAGUGAGGAAGUGGUGACCUUAAUAGAGGAUUUGACCCAAACGCUUGAAGAAAAGGAAGAUCUAGUUUCUCAAAAUUCUGUUAUUUCCCAAGAGGAGAACUCUGAAGAAGAUAAAAUAGUUUCUGUUCUUCCAAACACUGAGUCCAGGGAACCCAUGACAUUGAAGGAUAUAGCUGUGAACUUUUCCCGAGGAGAGUGGAGGAAGCUGGAAUCCUUUCAAAAGGAGCUAUAUAAGGAAGUGCUACUGGAGAACUUCAGGAGCCUAGAAUUUCUGGGCUUUCCAGUUACCAAAUUAGAUUUGAUUUCCCAAAUAACAUGGGUUGAACUGCCAUGGCUGCUGGAAAAAGAAGCCUCAGAAGGCUCCAGAGCAGAGUGUGAACCUAGAGGUGAAUUGAAGAAAUCUGUUCGAAAUCAAGAUGCUCUUAUGGACGAAUCAACUUUAGAUAGAAUAAUAGAGAGGUACCUAAUGGGUAGUGAUUAUGACUUGAUGGGAGAAUCUUCCAAACAUUGUGGCAGAUUAGAGGAGGGUCGUAGGAAUAAGGAAUAUUCACAAGUAGCAGGCACACAAAAGAAAACUCAUGGGAGAGGCAAUAAGGGUGAGGAAUUUGACCCAGAAAAGGGCCCCUUUGGAAGUCAUUUCAAGGAAUCUUCAGAUAUAGUUAAACAUAUGAGAGUCUACUUAAGGAAAAAAUCUCGGAAGUAUAAUGAAUGCAAGAAACCAUUUAGUUUUCAUUCAGACCUUGUUAUGAACCGCAAAGAGCACACUGGAGAAAAGUCACGGAAAUGUAAUGAAGGCAGGAAGGUCUUAAGUCACUCGUCAUCUCUUACUGAACGUCAGAAACAUCAGAAAAUUUAUAUGGGGACUAAGCCCCAGAAGUGCAGUAACUGUGGGAUAGACUUUACUCAAAGCUUAUCCCUUGUUAAGAGAAGAAAAACCCCUAUAUGUGAGAAAUGUAGGAAAAGUGAACGUAAGGAUACAACCUCAAAUAAAGAUGAGGGAACAGAGACUAGAGAAAAAACCCAUAAGUGUAGCAAAUGUGGGAAAGCCUUUGGCUAUAAUACCUCUCUGACCAAACAUCAGAGAAUUUACAUUGGGGAAAAACCUGAUCUGUGCAAGGAAUGUAGAAAAGCUUUCAGUGACAGUUCAUCCCUCGCACCACAUACUGGAACUCACAGUGGAGAGAAACCCUUCAAAUGUGAUGAUUGUGGAAAAGGUUUCACCCUAACGGCCCACCUCAUUAAACAUCAGAGAAUUCAUACUGGAGAGAAACCCUAUAAAUGUAAAGAAUGUGGGAGACCCUUUAGUGACAGCUCAUCUCUUAUUCAACAUCAGCGAAUUCAUACUGGAGAAAAACCCUACACAUGUAACAGCUGUGGAAAAUCCUUCAGUCAUAGCUCAUCCCUUUCCAAGCAUCAGAGAAUUCAUACUGGAGAGAAACCCUAUAAAUGUGGUGAGUGUGGAAAAGCCUUUAGACAGAAUUCUUGCCUUACCCGACAUCAGAGAAUUCACACUGGAGAAAAACCCUACUUAUGUAAUGAUUGUGGGAUGACUUUCAGCCAUUUUACAUCUGUAAUUUAUCAUCAGAGACUUCAUUCAGGAGAGAAACCCUACAAAUGUAGUCAGUGUGAGAAAGCCUUCCCUACCCAUUCACUUCUUAGUCGUCAUCAGAGAAUUCAUACUGGUGUGAAACCUUAUAAAUGUAAAGAGUGUGGAAAAUCCUUCAGUCAAAGCUCAUCUCUUAAUGAACAUCAUCGAAUUCAUACUGGAGAGAAACCCUAUGAAUGUGACUAUUGUGGAGCAACCUUUAGUCGAAGCUCAAUCCUUGUAGAACACCUAAAAAUUCACACUGGAAGAAAAGAAUAUGAAUGUAAUGAAUGUGAGAAGACAUUCAAAAGUAAUUCAGGCCUCAUUAGACAUCGGGGAUUUCACUCUGGAGAGUGAUUCUUGGACCAUAGCAAGGUGGGGGAAAUUUAAUCAAAAUUAUCCCUUAUUAGAAACCCGGAUGUAAAUAACCACCACAUUGAUUAGUAGCUGCAACUUUGAUAGGUUGGCAGCUAGGAAAAACAGACUUUUCUCCAUUCACCCUUCUUUGCAAGGAUGUUAACUUUUGGAAGAUAGUAGUUAAGAUUGGAAACAUCAUGUGGAAGGUGAAAAUAGUAUGAGAUGCGAAAUGAUUGUAAAAGGCCAAAUAUGAAUUUUAAAAGCAGCAGAGGGGUGCCCAGGACCUAUCUUUUUAACCUCUUCAGAAGAUCACCCUCUCUUCUAGCUUCCCCUUCCACUACCAUGUAGUGUAAUAGAGAACUUGACUGGAGUAAUAUAACCUGGGUUCUGUCCCAGUUUGCCAACCAAUCUGCUAUAUAAUGUUGGGUGAAUCAGUUGACCUUUCUGAAUUUCAGUUUCUGAACUGGUAAAAUGAAGGGUUGGGACUAAUGUUGUCUAAGUUGUUGUUUUUGUACCUCAUAUUUUCUGAAGCUGUGAAAAUAAGUUAAACAUUUUUGACUCAUUGUAUUUUUCAAGUUUCUGUAGUAGAAAAUUACUCAUUUAGGAUGCUAAACUUCUGGCUUAGUGAGAAUGUAGUAUCCUUUUUGAAUACUGGAUGCCUUGAAUACUUGAUGCUAGAAUGCUAUAAACAGGAACAAGUCAGGGAAGCUGAAACAAGUUUGCCUUCAGGGAAUGUUCUAAUUGGACAAAGCACUCUAACCUGUUUUUCCUUUGGGCCUUGGCUGAGAGGAUUGGGGAUCUAGAGGGCAUGAACCUGAGCCAUCUCAGACAUGAGAGUUACAGUCCUAGGAAAAUAGAUUGGGGGAUGGUGGGGGUGGGAGGAAGCGAGUGCUGAAAACAGCUAUUCUGGAUGGGUUGCCUUUUGCAAAAUAGAGUUUUAUUUUUUUAAGUUUUGCCUAUACUAAGUACAGUGUCCUGUAAUUGGAGUGUAAACAUUAUGUAUGGCAAAGGUCAUGAGCUAAAGUUGCGCCCUUUGACAUAUUUUAGUUGGUCUGCAUGGUAAGGUUUUCUGUGGUGUGUGUGUGUGUGUGUGUGUGUGUGUGUAAUUAGUUGCCACCAUUUAAAAUAGGAAAUUUCAUACCAAAUAAAAGGCUUGUCUUGAAAAAAUAUAAGGGAUGACAACACUAGACCCAUAUUUCAUGGGACAGUCAAGUGGUUUGAGACAGCAGCUGCUCCAUUAAAUAGGAAUUCUACUCUUCUACUUGGGGGCCAACUUCUUGCAGUGUGUAACCUGACUUGCCCACUGUAGGGAUUUGAUAUUCUGAUUCCCUACCAUCUGGAGAAAACAUAUUCUAAAAUCUAAAGAGACUUCAUUGAUAGAUAGUAAAAUUCAGGAAGAGAAUGUAGAAAUAAUAAAUUUUCACUUAAGUCGUCUGUUGUGAGAUUAGACUCAAAGGAACGGAGGCUACAGAUGUUAGUGGAUUACUGCUUGUGAAUUUUAUUGGUGGAAUCUGAAUAAUAGCUUCUAACUGCAAAAGGAACUAAAAACCCUAUGUCAGUUAGGUUUGGGUCUCAGGCCAUAGGGUUCUGGAGGAGCUCCACUGACUCAGCAGUGGUGCAGAGCUGCUGACGUUGGCAUUGGAGGCAUAAAAAGACAACUAAGGCAAAAAACUUUCAGCUUAUCAAAGGAGAGAGGUCCGUAACGCUCAUCUGAGGCAUGGCAAUGUUUGCUGUGAUUUAGUGGGUUGAGUUUGCAUUGCUGCCUCUGGGUAAUGCUUUUGGUUUCUUCCCUGUGCCCUCACUCCCCCAAAGCCUGUAGUUCGGACAUUGCUGUGUAAUAAGGUGAUCUGCAUAGUUCCUACUAAAGAGAGACCAACCAGAGACAUUUAGCCUUAUACGACUUUGGCUUAUGAGAACCGUUCACCUGAUUUAAGUUUUAUGGUGUGUGGUUGUUUUUUAAAGAUAUAAACCCUGGUUUGUUUUCUAAAAAUAUAUAAACCCUAGUUUGUUUGUUUGUUUUUGAAAAAAUAUAAUUUAUAUAAAGAAUUAAAUUUGUAAAAUUCUUGAGAAGAGGCUUGUUCUGGGAUGUUUACUUUAAAAUGAUGACCUUGCUUUAAAAAAUAUUUUAAUGGGUUUCUAUUGAAAUGUCUUUCAAGUCCCACCACAGGACAAGGCUUCUCCUGUCAACGAGUUUACUUUUCUUUACUUAUUUUAGAAUUCUUUUUUAAUGUAAAAAUACAUAAUGUGAGACUGACCUUUUUAAUCCUUUCUUGGUGUACAGUUCAAUGGCGUUAAAUACAUUCACAUUACUGUGCAAUCAUUGCCACAUUCAUCUCCAGAACUUUUUCCAUCAUCCCAAACUGAAAC